AUUUUGUUAAUUGCAGGGGAGUGGGAAGAAGACGAACUAUGAAGAAAAGCCAUGGUUGUGAUCUCUCUCUACCGCGGCAACCUCCACCGGGUUUCCAACGCCCCGCGACGAUGGAGAAUCCCGCCGCAGAGCUUCUCCCUUAGCCAGUUCAAGCUUCUCAUGCGAAAGCGGUCCGAAGCCCUCUCUCGCCUCGCCACCGCUUCCCGUGCCAUCGCAAACCCUAAUUUUAAUAACGAGAAGCCCUUAAAGCCGGAAGAGAAGGGCGCGGGAGGAGGAGGAGAGAUAGAUAAGUUAGACACUUUGAAACGCCAGGAUUCCUUUCCGAUCGAUCUGCAACCUUCGAAUUUCCAGCCGGACGACAAGGAGCACACUAGGGAAGAUCGUCGGUUUCAUGAACCGAACGUUGGUGUUUCCGCUUCCUUUUGUCUGGUUGGUGCGGCUGCCACAAGGGAGGAGGAUGUUCAUGAUUCGAGACCUGGUGGGGCUGGCAAAACCGACGGACAUUUGGAGGAGCAAAGCAAUCCUGAUGUUGCUAGUGAAAAAAAUGAAAGGAAACAGGAGUUGGAGAAACAACUGCAUGUUUUGAAUGAGAAGAAACACAAUCUUGUUCAAAUGUUGAAGCAAAUUUUAAAUGCAGAAGAAGAAAUAAAAAGACGGAGCACGCAGUCACCUGUUGCACGACCCUCUCUGCCUCAUAAAGCAGAUAUGGCAGUUGAGAACAGUGCUGCUAAACAAGUACCCAAGCUUACUGUUGAGGUUAAUUUUGGUAGUGAUUCAGGUGGAGAAUCAGAUGCUGCUGCUAAUCACAGCAAUCAUGUAAGGCAGUUGAAUCACAUCCACAUUACUUCUCCGUCUGCAACACCACUAGCAAGGACAACAUUUAGUUCUUUCCAGCAUAAUGCAGGUGUUCAAAACAACAGAGGUAGUAUGGUGGCAAUGGGGCAUGGACCACCUACUCCCAGUUCACUGAUGAGUGGUGCCAUGGCAAGUCCAUCCCGCUUUGCUCCUGCAGGUCACCAAAGCCAGACGACAAGCCUCCCUGCCAUGGCUUUGCCUGCCAACCAUUUCAUGGCCUCAUCACCAUCACCUGCAGUUUCUGGAGGUACUUCCUCUGUCUUCAGGGAUCCCCGUGCAACUAACUCCUCGUGAAAACAGAUGCUUAUUGUACAUGCCUAUCAUAUUCUUAAAAACCACUUUAGAUGCUUAAUGUUUUAGUUCCUACAACGUCAUUUCUCGUUGAUAGCGUCUCCAUUAAGGUGUAACCUUGCGUAUUUCUGAUGCCACCAUGCAGUUUUCCGUA